AUGGAAUGCCGAUUAGUCCUGAACAAUUGUUCAGAACAUGAUAUUCCGAAUAGUGUUUUAUCCGGUGAACUUCAGCAAAAGCUGAAGUUCUACAAAUUUCGUCGUGUCCAGACAAAAGCUGGUAAAUCGCUGUUUUACUUAUUCUUCAAAAAAGAACAAGACACGUAUUACGCAUUGCAAGCAGGAAAAUUAAUUAAAAAUAUAUCUCUGGUACGUUAUCGUCAUCGGAAUAUGACUCCUGCACCUUUAUGUCGUCCUGAUGAGAUUUUACCAACUGAAGCACAGUAUCAACCAGUACCUUCACAACGUACUGUUGAUGCCAUUCGAUAUAACUUUAGUAAAUAUAUAGAUAAAUUUUCAGAUCGAAAUAUCUUUAAAUUAUGUGUUAAACGUUUAUCAGAACAAGCAGUUGUUCAACGUAUGAAUAUCUCCGAAAGUAUGUUGCUCUAUCUAAUUGAUUUAAGAUAUUAUUUUCUUGCAUUGUUUCAGUAUAUGAACGGAACUGCAAGAUUAACCACUGGUGGUGGUUAA